UUGGAUAUAUAUUAGCCACGAGAAUUGAAUGUUCUUUGAAAAUGUCUGAAGUAAUCAAGCCAAAAUUAAAGUCAAGAUUGUUUAAUAGACCCAAAAUACAAUUAGAACUUAAAUGUGGCACUCAAAAUGCUUUUACUGCAUUGUCUGAAUUAAAACAAAGCAACGAUGACAAAACAGAAAAAGUUGCAGUUUGGGAUGAACAUAUAUUUUUCAAUCUUUCAUCAAAAGAUGAUGAAUUAGUAAUUUACGCUUACAAUCAUUUAUGUGGUGGAGCUGAAAGUCGUCUUGGCAAAGCCGUAAUUAAUUUUAAUAAUUUAAAAAAAAAGCGUCCAAUUAAAGUAACUGAAAAAUUAAUCCACACUGACGGUGACAAUAUCAAUGGUCGUGUCGAGUUUUAUUUAUAUUUUCUUGCUAAGCUACUUAUACCAAUUUAUACUUUUAUUAUUAUUAGUGUUGAUUUGUAUGGAAUGAAUGGAUUGAUGGAAUUUAUGUUGAACGACAAAGAAAGGCAUUCAACAAAAAAAUAUUGGCGUAUUAAUGAGAAACAUUUUAAAGGCCAUAUUGCAUUGCGUGUAAACACAUUAAACAAUAUCACGUUGUUAAUACAAUGUCGACACAGUGAUGGAAAGCUUUCUUCAAGGAAAAUUAUUCUUUCUUCUGAUACCGAGGAUCGAAGUAUUUGGGAAAAAUUAAAAACGAGUAAUCCUUAUUUGGAAGAAACAUUGCAGAUGAAUGGUAUUGAAUAUGCCAAAAUCUCUUUUCAACUAUCAUUUUUUCGGAUGGUAUAUCCAAAAGAAGUAUUAUGUCCACCUACACCAAAUUAUCCUCAUCCCACAAAUCAACCAACAACUCCAGAUUCAACAAUCGAACCCAAUUUUAUAGAUAUUCAAUCUUCUGAUGAAUUUGAUAAUACAGAUAACCCUUUCGACGACGACGAUGGUUGUUCUAGUAAUAUGGAUAGUAGGAUUGAAGGUCAAAGUUUUGAUGAAGAUAAUGGAAAUAAUGGUAGUGGUGGUGAUUACGUUACAACAUCUGGCGGUAAUAGUAGCAAUGGUUCUCGAUCAAUAAUUACAACGCCAUCGCCUCCGCCAAUAUGUGAAGAUUCAGAACAAGUAAUUUUUGAUGCUUUUGUGUCAGAUGAUUUGAUUCAAGGAUCUCACAGUCAAAUCUAUCAAACAAAAGUCUUCAGGGGUCAUCACACGUUAACCAAGGAUGCUGUUAUUAUGAAAUCUUUUGCUUCCAAAAAUUAUUUUAGUAAUGAAGUUUACUAUCUUCAAAAAUUAAGAUCAGCACAUGUUGUAAAGUUUAUCACCUCCGAUGAAGACGAGUACCUAUCAAUAGUGGAAGAUUUUGGUAGAGCCUUGGCAAAGGAAGCUCAUAAAUUUAACGAUACUAUUAGUAUUUUUAAAGUAUUUAAAAAUAUUUGUGCGGCAGUAAAACAUUGUCAUGACAAAGGCGUUGUUCACAUGAAUAUUUCUCCCAGCAAUAUAAUUUGCAAGUCUAAAAAAGAUGAAAUAGACAAGAUCAGAUUAAUAGACUUUAAAUUAUCAAAAGAUUUAGGCGAAGAUUUACAAAUUGAAUUGCCAUCAUCGUCACCAAGUUUUUUAAACAAUAAUCCAUACAAUCAAUUAUAUAGCGUCGGUUACACUUGUCCCGAGCUAAUAUUAUUAAACCCGCCCUUAAUGUUCGCGUCUAAUCAAUAUCAACAACAAUCAAUAAAACCUGGUAAUAUUUGUUCAUACAAAAUAAAGGUUAAGACAACAAUUGAUGUAUUUAGUCUUGGUGCAAUUUUAUUCUUUUUGCAUGUUAAACGUCCAUUAUAUGAAUCAGUCAAAAAAUUGAAGUCCAGUUUAGAUAAUUUGAAUAAAGUUUUGGAUCAAGAAGAUAUAGAAAAUCAGGUCGUUAGGAGUUUAAUUGUUGGAUGUUGCAAGUUCAAAGAAGAUGAAAGAAUAUCUAGUGUUGAUAAGAUUUUUGAAUUAAUUGAAAGAAUCGAGAGAGAAUCUGAUUUGGGAGGAUAUAACAUGGAUCGUCGACUUGACGAGUGGGUAAGCCAUGAAAAAAUUAGUCCAAUAACAAAAAGCCCUAACCCCACCAUUACAAGUAAAAAUGGUAAUGAUAAUCGGGCCAACAAAAGAAGAAAAACUGCUAGUGAAAAAGAACAAGGGGUGAAAGUAAGACAAACGGAUUCUGUUGUGAUAGGUGAACAUGAAAUAAAGUGCUGGUACGACUCCCCAUAUCCAGAUCCCUAUAAAAAUUUAAAUAAAUUAUAUGUUUACUGCCCUGGUAAAUUAAUUUAUGAAAAAAAUAAAAUAAGAAUGUACGAAGUAGACGGUAAAGAUUCCAAGUUAUAUUGCCAGAAUCUUAGCCUUUUAACAAAAUUAUUUAUCGAUGACAAGUCAGUAUAUUUCGACGUAGAACCUUUCAUGUUCUAUAUUAUUACAGAAAUGGACGCCAGAGGCAUUGAGCAUUUCGUUGGCUUCUUUUCAAAGGAGAAAAUAUCUUACGAUAAUUAUAAUUUGGCGUGUGUAUUGAUUUUACCACCAUUUCAAAAACAUGGUUAUGGGAAAUUGUUAAUAGAAGCGAGUUAUGAAUUUUCAAAGAGAGAGAAUAAAAUUGGUUCACCCGAAAAACCAAUAUCUGAUUUAGGUCUUAUGGGAUUUCGUUCUUAUUGGAAAAGGACAAUCUUUGAUUUAAUUCAAAACUAUAUAAACUCUGCACCAUAUCAUACGGCAAUAAGUGAAGACGAUGUAUUAGAUGCACUUAAAGAAAUGGGGUUCUUGAAAUAUAAAAGUCCAAAGUUAGAUAGUACUUACAGCCCCAAACUAAAAAGAAAAUUCGAUAAAAUGGCCAAGGAACAUACACCGGCUAUCUGUAUCACUGAGAGUAUGAUUGACGAAUAUGCCAAGAGUCAAGGUUCCAAGAGACAAAAAACUAUGUUGGACCCUGACAGUUUGGAUUGGACCCCGGCAAAUGCUGGUUUUAUUGGUGGCGGAUCAAUUUGUGUAGUUGGAGUUUUAUUGAAAUCAAUUGCUGGAAUUAGAAAAGCAUUUGUUGAUUUUUGA